AUGAGUGGCGUAUUACCCAAGUAUCACCACUCUUACACUUUCUUCUUCAUUUACGUUCUUUUAGUUCUGUUUGGUCAUGUCUUCUCGAUCAAUACUUUGUCACCCACAGAGACUCUUACGAUCUCAACCAACCGAACCAUCGUCUCUCCUGGUGAUGUCUUCGAGCUUGGUUUCUUCAAAACCACAACAAGCUCUCAAGGUAAUGAUCGUUGGUAUCUUGGGAUUUGGUACAAGACAAUCUCCGAGAGAACCUACGUUUGGGUAGCUAACAGAGACAAUCCUCUUUCCAACUCUACUGGAACUCUCAAAAUCUCUUACCCUAACCUCGUCCUCCUCGACCAACACGAUACUCCUGUAUGGUCAACGAAUCUGACGAGAGCUGUGAAAUCCCCAGUUGUAGCAGAGCUUCUCAAUAACGGCAACUUCGUGCUUAGAGACUACAAAACCAAAGACCCGAACCGGUUCUUGUGGCAAAGCUUUGAUUUUCCGGUGGAUACUAUACUCCCAGGGAUGAAAAUUGGCUGGGAUCUCAAAACAGGACACAACAGAUUCCUCAGAUCCUGGAGAAGCCCAAACGAUCCCUCAAGCGGAGAUUUCUCUUUCAAACUCGAUACCGGAGGGUUACCUGAGUUUUAUCUUAUGACCAAAGAAUUCAAAUUGCACCGAACCGGUCCAUGGAAUGGAAUCCGGUUUAGUGGCGUACCAACGAUGCACGGGAGAUACAUUGUUAACAGAUUCACAGAGAACAGAGAAGAAAUCGGUUACAGUUUCCGAGUCACCAACGAAAGCAUCCACUCGAGGUUUAUUCUGAGCCCCACAGGGUUAUUACAGAUGUUCACAUGGAAUCCGACAGAAGCCGAAUGGAACUUGUUCUGGUUUCUCCCGAAUGAGGAUUGCGAUUCGUACUCACUCUGUGGUUACCACAGUUACUGUGACACGGAAACGUCACCGACAUGUAAUUGUAUCGGAGGUUUCGUCCCGAAGAAUCCGACGGCGUGGGGUUUGGGAGAUACGUCCGAUGGCUGUGUAAGGAAGUCGCCACUGAGCUGCGGCAGCAGCGGAAAUGGGUUUUCGCGGUUGACGAAGAUGAAGUUGCCGGAGACGAGCAGAGUCAUUGUGGACAGAGGAAUUGGGUUGAAGGAAUGCGAGGAGAGGUGUCUUGAGGAUUGUACCUGUACCGGGUUUGCGAAUACGGAUAUCCGAAAUGGUGGGUCGGGUUGUGUGAUUUGGACCGGUGAGCUCGUGGAUAUGCGUAACUUCGUUGCCGGAGGUCAAGACCUUUAUGUCAAAACAUAG